AUGUCUUUUAAAGAUCUCUCACCUGUUAAGGGAAAAUUCUACCCACAGAGCUUUAAUGCAGGAUUAUUUUCUGCAAACACUUUUAUUGAGUAAGUAGAAUCUAAUGAUAAUAGUAGGCAAGUAUAAAAGCAAAACUAAAUAAAUAGUAUAAAUAUAAGCUAACUCCCUCAAAUUGAUAGCUCUCGAUAAAAGAAAUUAGCUUAAAAGUAAACUAUUCCAAGUUCAAUCCUUGAAGAGUUAUAUUAAAAAAGGUAGCAUGUAAAUCCUAACAAAUAAUUAGUAGAACGUCGUCGAAAUUCGAUAGAAAAAGUUAAUUACACCACUCAUUAUUACAGUACUAAGUCAUUUAUGCAUUAGACUCCAGCUUAAAAGCAAAGUUCACUAAAUACAAUAAAUCAAAGUCCUUAGGUUAAUGCAAAUAAGAAUCUAUAGCAUUCUAUUUUGAUUGGAUAAAAUAACAACAAUAAUACUUUUAACAAUUUGCAUAAUUCACAAAUCGGAUUCUAAUCAAAUAUAAGAAACGAAAAUGAUCAUAUGAGCAAUAGUCUUCUUGAUUAUAAUAAAAGGGGAUUUUCGUAAAAACCUAGUAACAUAUCCUAAAUUUCAGAGGCAGAAUUUAAGAAUAAUAGUGAUGGUAAAUCAUUUACAAAUGUCUCUUAGAUGAUUAAUAAUUAGAAAGCCCCAAUUUUGUAAAGAAACACUGAUGAUAUUAUUGGUCUAAAAAAAGUUGAAUUUAAAGACAGUAUCUCUGAAAAGCUUUUCAAAAAAGAUAAAUAAAUUAACAUUGAGACUGAUUUGUAGAAGAUUAGAAGCAAUAUUUAAUUAUCUAAUGAAGGAAAGCAUAAUUCCUCAGCAAGAGAGCUUAAGGUAAGUAUUUCAGUAAAUCAUACGCCUUUAAGCAAUAAUAUAAAUAAAGUGGUGAUAAUGAGUAAUAAGAAUAAUAUACAGUCUGCUUCAAGAGAUUAAAAUAAAGAUAAUGGCUUAUUAAAAUAAUAAAGAUCAUUUAAGAGAAAUUUUACUGAUUUUUUGGAUUAAAGCAGCGAAUUUGUUAAAUCUCCUUUGCAAGUGAGAGGUAAUUCAGAAUUUAGAUCGCCAUCUAUUAUUUCACCAGUAAAUGUUACAAAAAAUGAGUAGCUAUCUAAAAGAAAUUCUUAUAUUACUCAAUGCAUCAAAGACGAUAUAAAGAAGGAGAUUCUCUCAAAAAGUGAAUUGAGAGAUAUCUUAAAUCACAUUUAGAAAGACUUUAGUUAUAUUAAAAAUUCAUAAAACGGAAUGAAAAAAGGAGGUGAAAGAAAAGAUGUUAUUGAGCUAUCUUAAUUAUUCGAUUAAAUGACUCUUUAAUUGCUUGAAAAAGAAAAUUUUACUUUAGAAUCCUUUUUUGAAGAAUUUGAAAUUAUCUACAAUGGAUGCUUAGGAGAAAUUUCAAGGCAAGUAAGCAACGAUUGUUUUGAAAGAGGUCAAUUGCUAGAAAAGCUGUGGAAGAUUAUUUUAUUUAUUACUAAGGAUUUCAUCAAAAAGGCAACCUAGAAAUACAAAGCUACUGAACUGCUUAACUUACAAGAAUAUGGAAGAAUCCAUCAAUCUUAUUAAAGUUAAAUUUAGUCUUAUCAGAAAGCCAGCUAAGAUCAAUAAAUUGUUAUUGAACAAAAGGAUGUUUUAAUAAGAAAACUAUAUCAACAAAAAGAGUCUAUCAAAAAGAAAUACAAAAAAUAUGAAUUAAUGCACGCAGUGUUGUAUGAAGAUUUUGAGUUUCUUGAGAGAUAUUUAGAUAAAUUUAACUUCCAAACUUUACAGAUGAAGUAAAGAAUUUCAGCUUUAGAAGCACAAGAGAGAUUGUAUAUAAAAGACUCAGAUCCUAAAUUGAAAAUAAAAGAAGAAAUAAACAAAAUUGCACAAAAUCUAAGUGAUUAAUUUAUUUUACAACUAGAAGAUUAGAAAAAUACACUUAUUGAGCUUUAUGAAAUCAGAAAAUCUGCAAGAGAAAAACUUUAAGUUGUAGAAAAAAACCUUGAUUUUGAAUUUAAAAAUGGGAAAUUAGAAAAAAAAGGUCAUUUGGAUAUCCAUGUUGCAGAUGCUGAAGAUAUUUAGUUAGAUGACAAUUAUGGAUAAAUACAAAUGAAUGAUCAAGAGACCUCAACUGAAGAUUUGAUUACCAUGGUAGAAACAUGUACAGAUUCUUCAGAUUUAUUCAAAAAAGAAUCUAAAAGUACAAACACUUGGAUUUAAACAUCAGAAACAGAAGUUUAAGCUACAUCUACUACAAAAGAAAUAAGCACUUAAGCUGACAUAAAGAAAAUAAUUGGAGAAAAUGGCAAAUAGUCAGGAAAAAAAGUUAGUGAAUCAAUACAAGAUAUAAUGAGUGAAUUUGAUGAAAUUAAACUUCCUAUUGAUUAAUUAAAGAAUAAGAACUAUAAAUUAAAUUAAUUGUUAGAAUUCGAGUUCUAAAAAUGGACAUCUUAAAAUAAAGAUAUUGUUUUAGCCUUUUAAUCUAAAGAUGAAUACACGCCUAACGAUUAUUAAUAUUUACUUAAUUACUUAGAGCAAAAUGCAGUGAAAUCUAAGCAGUUUAUUACAGAAUCUAUGAAUGCUCUCCAGCAUGAACAACAAGCAAGUCUAUAGUAUAAAAUUGAAACAUUUGAAACGCGAUUAGAUAACUAAAUUGUUUAAGAAAAAAUGAAUUUUUAAACUUAAACUUUAAAGAAGAUCAUACCCAAGUACAACGAACUUAAGAAAGAAAAUAACACUCUGAGCUAGUUUUAGGUUUAAACCUUAUUGCAAACAAGUUAGAAUUAAAACAAAAAUUUAAGUGGAAGAAGAGUUUCACAUACUCCAUAUUAAUAGUUUGGCAAACAAUCAAGUAGUAUAACUUACUUAGAGCCAUAUACUGACUCUCCUGAUCGUAAACCUUCAAAGAAGUAAAUUGAAUCAAUGACUUCUCUAAAUGUCGGUUUUGUAAGAAACACAAAACGUCACAGCACUCUAAAAUAAAAUGAGUAAUCAUCACCUUUAAAAUAAAGUGGAUCAAUGCUAUUUAAGCAAAAAAGUUAAACAAAUAUAAGUAGUUCCUCAAUUCAAAGUUAGAAUGCUACAAAUAAGAAAAUAGAAGUAGUAAAUUAACAAGCUAUAAACAAGAUGAAAAAUGCAAUUUAAAAAAUAAACGAAGAAUAUCAGAUUAAUCAAAACCAUCAAAAUGAAAUAGUUAGUAUUGCUUCCAUAACUGAUCAAGUAAUUGCUUAAAAGUCUGUUCCAAGUCAGAUAAUAUCUGAUAAUGAGUAAAAUAAUAUGUUAGACAAAUCUAAUAAUGAAGAUUUAAAUGGGUCAAUCAAUUAAGAUGGAUUCUAUCAAAAUGAUAAAUAUACUAAAUAAAUAAAUUCCCUAGAAAAUAAAUAAAACAAAUCUUCAUCCCUUCACUAAUCUGUUUAAUCCAACUCUGAAGAAAGAACUCAAAUAGAAAAACCUAUUGACAUAUCUAUUGAUGCUAACUUAGCAGCAGCAUCUAAAAAUUCUUCUUUAAAUGAGUUUUAAAUCGAUGAACAAUUAAAUUCAAUUGAUAACACUAAAAAUAAUUAAAUAAAAUUAUUUUUAAUUCCGCCAAAUAACUUAAAUAGUAAUUUACCUAACAUACAAGAACAACCAGAACCAGACGAAGCUAUUACUACUCCUAUCAAUAAACUUAACCCAAACACUCAAUCAAAAAAAUAGUUAUUUACCAGCGAAAGCUCAAAAAAAUUAGUAGAUCAACAAGAAGAUAAAUCUAAAACUGUAAUCUAGGAUUAAAAUACCUUAUAAAAUAUGGAAGAAGAUGAGAAGUUGAAUUAAAAUUAAUAGGCGAACAAUAAGCAGAAAUAAAAAUUACCUAAUUAAAAUUCUUUACAAUAUAAAAAGUAGCUAACAAUAUCAAACCAAUAAAAUAAUGAAGCAAAUAUUGGUAGUGAUUUAUCAAGUGAUAGUGAUGAUGGAAGAGAUAAACCAUAUGUUACUAAUAAAGAAUAAAUUUAAGAUUAAAUGUAUGAUAAAAAAUAUUUAGAUGAAGCUUCAGUUGAAGAGGUCCUUCGUGAACAUGCCGAAAAUGAUGAAUUCGAAAUAGCUUUAAAAAAUUUAGAUUCUAGUGUCAACACAGUUUAACCAAAUCCAAACAUUCACUCAAGAAUGAGAAUUCAUGUCUCAAAUAGUAAAUUUACAGAUAUGGCAACUGAAUACUUGAUAAAAUCUUUUAAGGAAAUAAAAAAAAAGAAAAAUUCAAAUCUUUUCUUUAAAUUAACUCAAAUAUUAAAAAUAAUUUUCACAAUUCUUUCAGAUAUCAACAAAGGCAAUCCUUUUACUCCCCAUAGCCCUACUAAUAAGUAUAGUAAUCCAAAUCCAACUAAAUACCAUUUAAUCAAUCAUUUCCAUAUUCAUCUCUUUGAAAAUCUUAUGACAUCAUAUGGUACUGGCUAGAUGAUGUUUAAAAAAUUUUUUAGAAUUAUAAAUGGAAUUUUCAAGUAUAAAAAGCAUCCUAGGAUAAACUUGGUUUCUAAAUUCCUCACUGGUGAGUAUGAUUUAAGUGAUUUCUAACUAUUUGUGAAACUUUGUAUUUAUUUGUAUCCUGAACUUUAGACCAGCGAAGAUAAAAUAUUGAUAAGCUAAUCUAAGUGCAAUGAGGCAUUAAAUCAUUUCUUGUAUUAAAAUUUAAAUCAAAAGUAAAUUGAAAAUAUUGAGAAAUAUGUAAAUAAAAUAAAAAUAAAAGGAGCUUAAAAGAAUCAAUUUGUUUUUGAUUUGGAUUAAAUUUUAGAGCUAAUCAUGGAAAAUUUCAUUAAUGAAGUAAAAACUAUUAAAAAUGAAGAAUACAAAGACUUAUAUUAUAGUUAGGACACUGAUAAAAAAGAUUAUUUUAACUUCGAAAGUUUUAAAAUAGUUUUAGAAAAUAUUCAGGGAUAAAAUUCAGUUGCUGUUUCUAACUUAUUUUAUAAAGAAAGUGACAAAAUUUUAGAUGGAGAAAAUUUACUUAGUUUAAAUAGAUUUAGUACAUUAUGUAGAUAAAAUAAAAUACUUUCACAAAAUAUUUAAUCUAAAUAUUUAAGUUAACCAUCAAAUGAUUUCAUCAGUGAACUUUAAAAGAUUUGGUAAGAUGAACAAUACAACAUAAAGUUAAGACUAAUUAAGGUCAAAAAAUAUGAUAUUAAAAGAAGAAAAAUGCUAAAUGAAAUAGACAUCUUUUUGAAUGAUAGUAAUAAGUCUCGCCAUUCAGCUAGGACAAUUCAUUUCAUAUUUAAAUUAUUGCAAUAAGAGUCAAAAGAGUUGCUUGUAGAAGAGCAAUUAAAAUAAUUAAUUCCAUAAUAAUUUUUAAUUAUUUCUAACAAAUAUCUUAACACUAUAAAAACUCGCUUUAAUUAAAACUAAAUUGAGUGA